GUGAAGGAAGUAAGGAGAUGAUCAGAGUAUGAUGCCACAAAUCGCAUGGUUUACUGUCAAAGAGAAUUUGUUUCUCGGUUUCACAGUGCUCAGGGGAGGCAGGAGGAGGAGGCAAAGACUCCUGGCAGGGAGGCAGGCGCUCCGUGGGCGAGGUGCAUCGGCCGCAGGGAGGCAGUGCCAGAAUGGGCAGAGUCCAGUCGCUCCACUGGGAUGGAGCAGGCCUCUGGAAAACGAGGUCUGGUUCAAGAUGUGCCUUAAUAGCCACAGAGAGCGGGAGCGCAGCAGCUCUCUGAGAGGCUGGGAUGGAGGACCAGCUCCCGGGCCAGCAGAGUAUAGCUUGCCUCAAAGCAUCUGCCCAACCUUCAAGUUGGUCUGUAUUUUUGCAGUCCAGGAGUUAAGUGACAGACACCUCACAGACACCAUGGCUGCUGUCACUUCCCUGCUGCGCGCCUCCCACAGACAGGCGGUUUGAAUUGGCGAGUGCCCAUGCGUCCGUUGUUCUGUCUUUCCUGCGAAGUUAAUCACCCUGGUGAUCAGCCCACCGACAGAAUGGACUUGGAUCUGCUGGACCUGAAUCCCAGAAUUAUUGCUGCAAUUAAGAAAGCCAAACUGAAAUCGGUAAAAGAGGUUUUGCACUUUUCUGGACCAGACUUGAAGAGACUGACGAACCUCUCCAGCCCCGAGGUCUGGCACUUGCUGAGAACAGCCUCCUUACACCUGCGGGGAAGCAGCAUUCUUACAGCACUGCACCUAUGCCAGCAGAAGGAGCGGUUCCCCGCACAGCACCAGCGCCUGAGCCUCGGCUGCCCGGUGCUGGAUGCACUUCUCCGUGGUGGCCUGCCCCUGGAUGGCAUCACCGAGCUGGCUGGACACAGCUCUGCGGGAAAGACCCAGCUGGCGCUGCAGCUCUGCCUGGCCGUGCAGUUUCCACGGCAGCAUGGAGGCCUAGAGGCUGGAGCCGUCUACAUCUGCACAGAAGAUGCCUUCCCACACAAGCGCCUGCAGCAGCUCAUGGCCCACCAGCCACGGCUACGCACUGACGUUCCAGGAGAGCUGCUUCAGAAGCUCCGAUUCGGCAGCCAGAUCUUCAUUGAGCACGCGGCCGACGUGGACACCUUGCUGGAGUGUGUGAAUAAGAAGGUCCCUGUUCUGCUGUCUCGGGGCAUGGCUCGCCUGGUGGUCAUCGACUCGGUGGCAGCCCCAUUCCGCUGUGAGUUUGACAGCCAGGCCUCCAUCCCCAGGGCCCGGUGUCUGCAGUCCCUGGGGGCCACGCUGCGUGAGCUGAGCAGUGCCUUCCAGAGCCCCGUGCUGUGCAUCAACCAGGUGACAGAGGCCGUGGAGGAGCAGAGCACAGUGCACGGGCCGCCGGGGUUCUGGGACGAGCGCAUUUCCCCGGCCCUUGGUAUAACCUGGGCCAACCAGCUUCUGGUGAGACUGCUGGCUGACCGGCUCCGUGAGGAAGAGGCUGCCCUCGGCCAGCCGGUCCGGACCCUGCGGGUGCUCUUUGCCCCCCAUCUGCCCCCCUCCUCUUGUUCCUACACAGUCAGUACAGAAGGGGUGCGAGGGACACCUGGGACCCAGUCCCACUGACACGACAGCAGCUGCAGAAUGGCCCUGCCUGAGAAGCCCUGACACACUGGUGCUCGGCCUUUAAAAUGCUGUCUGCCUUGGCCGUGGCACAGCUGGGAACCUGGGUCAGAGCCCUCCUCCAGGGCAGCAGCUCCACUUUCUCAACCGAAGAUGGUGACCACAGACUGAUCCCCACCUGAGCUGGGCAGGAGGUGGGGGGCAGGGCACUGUUCCACCCCUCCCUGGGUUUGGGGGCAGGUGAUUCUCAGGCCUGGGGCCUGGGGGUGUCCCUACAGUGACUCCCUAGGAGCCCCCCUGCCUCAGCUUUCCACAUGAAAGCCCACCUGGGGUCAGGUCUGAGGCCCGGCACCUCAGUCCCCACAGCCCCUGGGACCCUGCCCACCAGGGUAUCCCCUCCUCCACACAGAGCAGUCCUUACUCCCCCUACCACCCAGGCCACAGCAGGGCUGCAUGCAGGUGGCUCUUCCUCACCUACCUCUGGGUCCUUGGCUCCUGGGGGCCCCAUCCCAGCACACACUGUGCCCCUCAAAACUUCAGUGUGGUUCAAGGUGAAGAAAGCAUAUCCCACUGACCUCCAGCUUCAGGGUCCAGGGGAGCCUGGGGGUGGGGGGACUGCCUUGACUCUGGUAGUGUGGCCUGUGCCAGCACCACAGCCAGAUGGAGGAGCUCAGGCAGUGCAGGGCUGGCACGCGAUGGGCUCACCAGUUAGCGGGGAACACAGUUCUGGGCAAGGAGGAUCCAAUAUUGAGUAAAAGGAGUGACUCAGUACAUCCUGGGUGCCCCCAGGCCGGGCCCGGGAGUCUGGACGUCCAGCUCAGCCCUUGGCCUGUUUGGGUGGCCACUCUAGUAGGGAUACGGUAGGACUCCUGGCAGGGCCACCUGCAGACCCAGCCGCACACUGUGGCCAGACCUUACAUCUGGCUGCAGAUGCUGGCAUAUCUGCCUAGCGGUGAGAAGUGGCGUGGCCUCCCCAUGGGCAGAGCAAGGACCCUCUUGAUUCCCAAUGCAAACCCCCCACCAUCCCCAAGUGCCCCCAUGUGCUGCCUGGCACCAAGUAGGCCUUUGACAAAUAAAUGGCAAAUGGAUGCAGUUCCCGGACCUGCUUCUUGCUGUCUGACAGCCACUCCUCUAAGUAAUUUAUGCACAUGGAAGUAUGUUCUCUUCACAGCUCCUGGGGACAGGUACUGUCACUACAUCUCCACUUGCAGGCAGGGAAACUGAGGCCCAGAACUGUCAGGUGGCUUGACUCCUCCCACAACAAAGAGGCAGAAAUUGUCACCCC